ACGUACGACGAGUGGGCGCUGGCGGUCAGCUUGGCCACCACCACCGUCGGCUUCCUCAUCCCCUUCCCCGUCAUCGCGGCAUUCAACGUGCUGACGGCGCGCUUCAUCCGGCGCGCCAAGCCCGAGAGCCGCAAGCACUGCCUGCUCAUCUACGCCUACGUCGGGGUGUUCCUGCUCAGCUGGCUGCCCUUCCACGUGGUGCUGACCCUGCUCACCCUCGAGGGCAACCACAUCGUCCUGCACUGCACCUUCGCCCACCUGCUCUACUUCUUCUACGACAUCAUCGACUGCUUCACGCUGCUGCACUGCGUCGUCAACCCCAUCCUCUACAACUUCCUCAGCAAGAACUUCCGCAGCAAGCUCAUCUCCGCCGUGGUCAAGUACAUCCCCAAGGACCACGGUGGCCAGAAGGGAGCUGGGAAUUCCUCCUCCAGCACGCAGCACUCCAUAGUCAUCGCGAAGGACAACAGCCCUCCCAACUAAUGAGGGUCAGGCUCUCCCAACUUCCAUCCUGGUGGCUCCCUGGGGACGGUGGGAUUGGUUUUCCUGCUGCUGAGGACACAAUUUGCUUGGGCACCUCCCAUGCCAGCUUUGAGCAGAGCUGGGAGCUAUGGACAUCUUGCCCUGGAGCGCUGUUGUGUCCGACCUAAAGGAAGGAUAACAGAAAAUUAUAUUCCCUGUUUGAUAAGAACAUUAUAUUCCCUUGCAAUAAUAAAGUUUGUGACUCCACUCAGUGUCUGACCCAGCCCCAAGAUCAGAGCCCCAUCCUGUGCCCCCAAGCUGUGGGGUUGGGGUGCAGCAUCUGCCCCACCAUGGGUGUUCCUGCACCCCCAAACUGCCCCUGACCCCCAGCCCUGGGCGUGGCACUGCCUGGUUUGUGCCAUCCCGAGUGGGUGAGGAGGAAUUUGGAUCACAAACCUCCCUCCAUAGUGCCCAGCAAUGUCAGAGCCUGAUUUUUGAGAGAUGAAGGCCAAGCAGCCCAAGGGGCUGAGCAGGGCACAGACCUGAGGGAGGGGGGGAACAAUUUGGAUUUGAGACCAGCCACUCCUUCAGAGCAGUUUUGCAAACCCAGCUGUAAAUUUUUUACCAAUUUUAAAUUAGCGAUGGCUAAACUGGGUUUUACUGGGAAAGGCUGCUCAGACUAACUUUGGGUCCCCCAUCCCAUUAACUCCUCUGCAGCAUCCCCUGGCGGGUUUUUAUGGCCACUGGGUGGAUUCCUCAACCCCAACAAGCCCCAAAACCCCUUCCCCUUCCACCAAAGCCGCUGUGGGAGCGCAGGGAUGUGCAGAAAUCCUCAGAGCUGGGUUUGUGCCGUGCAAGGAAUGCGGAGAAAGUUCAUCCCUGUGUGGAUGCUGAUCUCUGUCACGUGCUGGGGUCAGGCCUUUGCUGGGCGAAGGUGACGGAGGGACCAUAAAUCUCCCAAAGGCCUUGAGCUGCUGGAGGAACUCUUGGUGGCAAUAAAAGCAAAGCAUCAGCAGUUCUGGGGACAGGAUGCUGGCUCAGGGCUGGGAGCAGGAUGUCCCAGGAGAAGCCCAUGACCAGGAUGUGGGGUUAUCACAAAGCUCUGCCGCUUCCAGGGGUCCCUGAUGGGGGAAAAAAACCUCGAAAUUCCUCAGGGUUCCUUCUGCAGGGAUGUUCCUUUUUAUCCCAGUGGGAAUAAUCCAAAUCCAGGCUCCAGCAGGGUCAGAAUUCCCUGCUCAGGAAUUCCCUGCUCAGGAAUUCCCUGCUCUGAUUUGCACCCACAGCUCCCCACCACCUCCAUUCCCUCAUCCCAAAUCCCCCCCUUGAUCUUCCCUUUGCUCAUUCCCUCCCAUUCCCAAUGGAGAAAUGGAUGAUAAACCCAAAGCCAGCCACUCACCAGGGCAAAAAUAUAUUCAAGAUAUUUCAACGUGUAAAAGUUGGCAUUUCACCUA